UCAGUUAGCAAUCCGCUACCAUAUUAUUUAUCUACAUGGUACUUAAUGAAUAACUUUUUUCUGCCGAGUAAACUAUAGUCAUUAAAUGAAAUAUAAACAAUUAAAAUAUAUCUAUUAGAACUUUAUAUACUUACAUUUUACAGAAAAUGGCGAAAUUCAUCUUUCUGCUAGCCAUUCUGGCUGUCGGAGCUGGAGUGUGGUUCAUGGUACAGACACCGGAAGCACCCAUUCCACAUUAUGAUCCAGAAGAAUGGUGGGGACCCAGUGCACUGAAAGGAAGAGUGGACAAGAUGAUAAAACCAUUUAAAGUGCAGUUUGAGGAAUCGAUGAUUAAAGAUCUGAAAAAUCGCUUGAAGAACUACCGUAAACCACCACCUCCUCUAGAAGGUGUAGCUUUUGAAUACGGCUUCAACACCAAGAAUCUCGACAGCUGGGUGAACUACUGGGCUGAUAAAUAUAAUUUCGCGCAAAGAGAAGCCUUUCUGAAUAAAUUUCCACAGUUCAAGACUAACAUCCAAGGACUGGAUAUACAUUUCAUUAGAGUGAAACCUCAGGUUACCCAAGGAGUUCAAGUGCUGCCCUUAUUGCUUGUCCAUGGUUGGCCAGGAUCAGUACGAGAGUUCUAUGAGGCGAUUCCGCUGCUCACCACACCAAGGCAAGGGUACGACUUCGUUUUUGAGGUUGUCGUGCCCAGCUUGCCAGGAUAUGGAUUCUCAGAUGCAGCUAUACGUCCAGGCCUUGCAGUACCCCAAACAGCUGUAAUUUUCAAAAAUCUCAUGUCGAGGCUUGGCCACAAGAAAUUCUACGUUCAAGGUGGAGAUUGGGGAGCUGGAGUAGUAUCUGCCUUGUCCACUAUUUACCAAGAUGACAUUCUCGGUCAUCAUACCAACAUGGCUUUUGUACAGCAUCCAAUGGCAACAAUGAAAACUUUGGUUGGAUCAGUCGUCCCAUCUCUAGUGGUGGAACCUCAUCUUGCUGAGAGAAUGUAUCCAUUAUCAUGGUUUAUCUCCUACGUACUGGAAGAGUUCGGUUACUUUCACUUGCAGGCAACUAAACCAGAUACCAUUGGUGUCGCUCUCAGCGAUUCCCCAGCAGGCUUACUAGCCUAUAUACUGGAGAAGUUUUCCACUUGGGUGAAUCACAACAACAAAUUCAAAGCAGACGGUGGUAUCGAAAUACGUUUCACGAAAGACCAGCUCAUUGACAACCUUAUGAUGUACUGGUCUUCUAACUCGAUCACCACGUCUAUGAGGUUCUAUGCAGAGAAUAUGAGCAGCAAGAUCAGAGCCCAGAACCUGGCAACGGUAAAAACUAAUGUCCCUACAUGGGCAUAUCAAGCGAGAUACGAACUAUUCUACCAGCCACCGAGUAUCCUUAAACACAAAUUUGCAAACCUUAUUAAUGUUACGGUAACAGACGACGGCGGACAUUUCCUAGCUUUCGAAAUGCCGGAAGAACUUUCAGCGGAUAUCUUCAAAGCAGUAAAAGCCUUUAAAGAAUUCCACGUGCGAAAUAAGAAGACAGAGCUGUGAUUACGAAAAGACUGUUUUUUAAUAUUAAUCGAACAAAACAAAGGCUGUUGAAAAAUACAUAUGUUAAUUUUCGGGUUUUCCAGAAGCUAUGGACUAGGAAUAAUUGUUCAAUUUUAAAAUCGAUCGCAAAUGCUUUUAACUUGACAUUUGAAAGAUAUUCAUGAAUUUGACGCUUCAACUAUU